AUGCUGAUCGCAAUUACUCGUUCCAUGCCAAUGAAUCUGCUUUUUCAGAGGAAGUGCUUAUUUUGGCUCUGCCUGUUCAUUUUGGUUUAUGUUUUCAAAACUUCUUUGAAUGACAGAUCUAGGGAGAAGAUCAACUGGCUACUCUUCCACCAUCAGAAACCAAUCGAUAGAAAUAAGUUUAAUUUUACUAUGAAUCCAAAUUUGAAACGUAAAGAUGAAAUUCCCUCUCUAGUUAUACUAGUUGUCUCAAGUCCAAAAGAAGUAGAUUCUCGACAAGCAAUCAGAUUAACAUGGGGACAGAUGCAGAUAUGGUUUGGGAAAAAAGUCAUUACUCUAUUCCUGCUUGGAAAAGAUGUGGAAAAUAACAGACAUGUGAGACAAUCACUGGAGCAGGAAAAUGUUCAAUUUAGAGAUAUAAUCAGUCAAGAUUUUAUAGACUCUUAUGAUAACCUGACCUUAAAGACAAUAAUGGCAUUUAGGUGGAUUUCAGAAUUUUGUCCCAAUGCUGAUUAUGUGCUGAAAGCAGAUGCCGAUGUAUUUAUAAGUGUAAAAUAUUUAGUUAAUUUUCUGCUGAAAAUUAACAAAAAUAUUUCCAGUGACUUUUUCACAGGCUAUCCCUUGAUCAACACUAAACCAAACAGACCUUUCUUUUUAAAUGCCAUACGCCAAGACAAAUCCAAAUUUCAAAUGUCAAAAAGUGACUAUCCUUUCAGCAUAUACCCUCCACAUUGCAGUGGCUUUGGUUAUGUUUUCUCAGGGGAAUUGGGUUUAAAGACUUAUAAAUUGAUGAGUCAUGUUAAACCAAUUAGAUUUGAAGGUGUAUAUGUUGGAAUUUGUUAA